GGGGGGUCUUUACAGGUCUCACUCUCGCAACUACCUCAGCUACGUACUAUCGCAGACACCCACGUAUGAUUUAUGUAUUUAUUUUUCACUCCUUUUUACAUUUUUAUCAGCUGUCAACUCGCCCUUUUUGCCUCUUCAGCGCCCCGAAGCACCAACCAAGAACACCACCACUACCACCACCACCACCACCACCACCACCAAUGCACUAGCUUCCUAGCAUUUAGCAUCUCAGAACCUGCAGCCCAGCAUCCUUGUCAUAAAACGGUUGAACAAACAAUCAGCAUAUCAGACGCUCCAUUCGAUUGCUCUCGCUCCCCUCACAAUACAAUGGGCCUGCUUCGGGGUUUCCGCCUUCGUCGGCGGAGCAAGUUCAAUCCCCGGACUCUCCUCGACAACAUCCUCACUUCUCCCCUCCAGGCCCUCAUUUCGGCCUUUUACUCCUUACUACUACUCCUUCGCGGCCGCCCCUUCCCAAAACCCCCUCAGCAUCCCAUACGCAUCGUCUGUCUAUCUGAUACGCACGACCAAACUUCGGUGAAGAUCCCACCAGGGGAUCUCCUCAUUCAUGCCGGUGACCUGACCAAUGCAGGUACCGUCGCAGACAUUCAGGCCCAGAUCGACUGGCUCGCCGCUCAACCCCACCGCCACAAGGUCCUCAUCGCCGGCAACCACGAUUCAUACUUUGACCCUCAGUCGAAGUCUCUCGCGGACCGCACCUUCAGGCGCACCCUGGACUUCAAAGGGAUCCACUACCUCCAACACGAUUCCGUGACCCUGUCCUUCCCCAGCGGACGGACCCUCAAGCUCUACGGUGCCGCGGACAUCCCUCGCUGCGGCGGCCCCGACUUUGCUUUCCAGUACGAUCUCGGUUCCGGCUCCACGCCCUGGCCCAACUCCGUACCCGCCGACACGGACGUCCUCGUGACUCACACGCCGCCUCUCGCCCACCUCGAUCUCAGGACCCUCGGCUGCCCUGCUCUCCGAGAGGAGGUCUGGCGCGUCCGGCCGCGCCUCCACGUCUUCGGCCACGUUCACUGGGGCGCAGGCCGGCGGGCCAUGCACUUCGACGCCUGUCAGAAAGCCUACGAAUCCCUCAUGGCCCGCCCCGCUCCAUCGAUCUUCUGGGAUCUCGUGCCCUCCGGCGCCUGGCUUGAUGCCUUGCGCGUCGUGCUCUAUGGCGUCCAUGCGGUCCUGUUCAAGUGGCUGAUGCUGGGCCCGGGCGGCAACACGGGAGGCACACUGUUGGUCAACGCGGCCUUGAUGAAGGGAAAUACCGGCAAGAUCGGAAACCCCGUCCAGGUCGUUGACUUGUGAUUCUAAUGCUAAGAGCCCCUUAUUGUGUUCGCCCCUAAGAUCCUCCUCGUGUCGUAAAAGAAAAGAAGAAGAAAACGAAAACGAAGUGCGCACAUAUCAUGAACUGGCCGGUGACAAACUCAACAAUUGCUUCUCAAUGAGUAAAAGAGUAUGAUUUUUCUAUCUAUGGACAGAAAAGUCUGUAGAUACAAUGCAAUGCCCGCUCUAUUGGGUGUAUGAGUAUGCCAAACCCCAACCCCCCCCCCCAAAAAAAAA